GUGCAACAUCGACGAGUAGUAGAGUCGCUUCGCAGGGUUGACGGCUUAGGCCAAGUCCUGCGAGAUCGACAGGUCAAACGUCGACGGAAAUACCAUGUGAAGCGCCCCAAUGCGUUAUGGCAUGUAGAUGGCCACCAUAAGUUAAUUCAAUGGGGGAUCGUGAUUCAUGGCUUUAUGACGGGU